GCUGCUCCCCUUCCUUCCUUUCUCCUUCACACAUCUCUCUUUCCCUCCACCUCCCACCCCUCUUUUCUAUACCAUCAAUAUGAGUGCCCCCGCCCAGAAGUUCAAGGUCGCCGACCUCAGCUUGGCCGCUUUCGGUCGUCGCGAGAUCGAGCUCGCCGAGCACGAGAUGCCCGGUCUCAUGGCCACCAGAGAGAAGUACGCCGCUGAGCAGCCUCUUGCUGGUGCCCGUAUCGCCGGUUGCUUGCACAUGACCAUCCAGACUGCUGUCCUCAUCGAGACCCUCAAGGCCCUCGGUGCCGAGCUCACCUGGUCUUCCUGCAACAUCUUCUCCACCCAGGACCACGCCGCUGCUGCUAUCGCCGCUGGCGGUACCCCCGUCUUCGCCUGGAAGGGUGAGACCGAGGAGGAGUACGAAUGGUGCCUCGAGCAGCAGCUCAAGUCUUUCCCCUCGGGCAAGUCUCUCAACUUGAUCCUCGACGACGGUGGUGACCUUACUGCCCUUGUCCACAAGAAGUACCCCGAGAUGCUCAAGGACUGCUACGGUGUCUCUGAGGAGACCACCACUGGUGUCCACCACCUCUACAAGAUGCUCAAGAACAAGGGUCUCCUCGUUCCCGCCAUCAACGUCAACGACUCCGUCACCAAGAGCAAGUUCGACAACCUUUACGGCUGCCGUGAGUCGCUCGUCGACGGUAUCAAGCGUGCCACCGAUGUCAUGAUUGCCGGUAAGGUUGCCGUUGUCGCUGGUUUCGGUGAUGUCGGUAAGGGUUGCGCCCAGGCUCUCCACGCCAUGGGUGCUCGCGUCCUCGUUACUGAGAUCGACCCCAUCAACGCCCUCCAGGCUGCCGUCUCCGGCUACCAGGUCACCACCAUGGAGAAGGCCGCUUCCGUCGGUCAGAUCUUCGUCACCACCACUGGCUGCCGUGACAUCCUUGUUGGCAAGCACUUCGAGGCCAUGCCCGAGAACGCCAUUGUCUGCAACAUCGGCCACUUCGACAUUGAGAUCGACGUUGCCUGGUUGAAGAAGAACGCCACCUCGGUCCAGAACAUCAAGCCCCAGGUUGACCGUUUCCUCAUGCCUUCCGGCCGUCACAUCAUCCUCCUCGCCGAGGGUCGUCUUGUCAACCUUGGCUGUGCCACCGGUCACUCUUCCUUCGUCAUGUCCUGCUCCUUCGCCAAUCAGGUCCUUGCCCAGAUCAUGCUGUACAAGGCCGGUGACGAGGCUUUCGGCAAGAAGUACGUCGAGUUCGCCCGCGCCAACGAGGGUGAGGGUGUCGGUGACCUCAAGAACGGUGUCAUGCCCGUCGGUGUCUACGUCCUCCCCAAGAUCCUCGACGAGCAGGUCGCUCUUCUCCACCUCGAGCACGUCAACGCCGAGCUCUCCACCCUCACUGACGUCCAGGCCGACUACCUUGGUCUCCCCGUCGAGGGUCCCUUCAAGAGCGACAUGUACAGAUACUAGAUAUCUUGCUGUUUCUCUUCUCUCCAGCAUUUCCCGUUUCACUUUCUGCAUAGCAUGGAGGCUGUUGUCAUACAGUUCUCCCUGAUAUUCUUUUGUUUUUCUACAGCUUUUUAUGGCAGCAAAAAGAGGGUGCUAAUGAUUCAACAUGUGCAAUGAUACCAGGCGGGGCAAUACAAAAAGGGGCGAUGUGAUGGAACCAAACUCGACUUUAUUCUCUUUCUUGGUCCUCAACGGCUAGCAAGAAGGGACCGAACCCAAAGGCGAUGGUGUCUGGCGUUUUUCUCAUAUCUCUCACAUCACCAUUCAACCCUUUUUAGAAGGAUGGAACCCGCAUUUCAACUGCGUGGUCAAAAUCAAAAUUUCGAAGAUCCAG